AAAACAGGUGCAGAAGAGAAGCCACAGGCAGAGUGAACAGGAGGGUUAAGCCAAGAGUGGGAUCUUUAGGCACCUUAUGCACAUUCCCCUCAUACAGGUAGCAGAAAAUACAGCGGAUGCACCUUUAGGCUUCUAGACAUGCUUGGGAAGUUGAAGGGCCUCCUCAGUGGCCCACAGGUGCCAGCAGACUCUGGGACCAGGAGGGUGGACCCAGCUCCAGCUCCAGCCAAAGAGGAGAAGCCAGCCGAUAAGGAAGAUGAAGCCAAGAAAGUGGACAAACCGCAGGAUCCAGCUCCUGCUCCCACCUCUGCCCCUGCCCCUGCCCCUGCCCCUGCCCCUGCCCCUGCCCCUGCCCCUGCCCCAGCUCCUGCCCUUACAGCAGCACCAGCUAACCCUGACCAACCUGGAGCUGAGGGACAGGAGGCGGCUCCUCCUCCACCUCUGCCCAUAGUCAUCAACAGGUACUCAGACGACCAACUCAGAGCCAUAGUCAAACUGAUGAGAGAGAGAAACGUGAUCUACAAGAAGAAACUGGCUGAUCAGUACAUUUCAUCCCCUGAGAUAUCUCCUCCUGUCACACCAAUACUACACGAAGACGACUACACGAAACUCAUCGAGGAAAGGGAACGGCAAGCAGAGGAGGAUCGGAUAAAGAAGGAGGAAGCCGAUAAGAAGAAGAAAGAGGAGCAGGAGAAGAAGAAGACGGAGGAUGAGCAGAAGGAGAAGGAGGAGGAGGAGAAAAAGAAAGCAGAGGAAGAGAAGAAGAAGGAGAAGGUGAGCAUUAAGACCAGGUUAAGUGUAGCUGCCUGGACAACCGUGGACAUGAUGCUGAAGCCCAUUGAGGACAAGAUGGACUCCGUGGUGGGGACCACUAUAGACCCUUUCACAGAUCAGCGCUACAUUGCGUGGCUCAGCCUGGUGACUCUGGCCUUCAUCUACAACAUAUGGUUCAUGACGGCCCGUCUGUGUUUCCCUUACCACACUGAAAGCGCCAUCCCUUACUGGUUCGCCGUGGACCUGCUGGCCGACCUCAUCUACCUCACAGACAACAUCAUCUUCCAGCCGCGCAAACAGUUCGUCAAAAGAGGAGACAUCAUAAAAGACAGAGUGCUGACAAAGAAACACUACAGAGACUCUGACAGAUUCAUGUUUGAUGCCAUUUCCACCAUUCCUUUUGACUUGUUGUACAUGCAGUUUGGAUUUAAAUCCAUUUUCAGGUUCAACCGUCUUCUCAAGGCAGACACGUUUUUUGAGUUCAGUGACCGUCUAGAGAGCAUCAUGGCCAAAGCUUACAUCUGGAGAGUGAUUCGCACCAUCGGUUACCUCCUCUUCAUGCUCCACAUCAACGCCUGCUUCUACUACGUGGCCUCAGACUAUCAGGGCAUCGGUGAAACAAAAUGGGUUUACUCCGGCCUGGGCAACGCUUACAUCAGCUGCUUUUUCUAUGCGGAGAAGUCCCUGCUGAUGAUCGGUGAGUUGCCAGUUCCUGACUCCAUGUUCGGACAGAUCUUUCAGAUGAUCAACUACCUUUUUGGGGCUUUCUUUAUGUCCGUCAUUCUCGGCCAGAUGAGGGAUGUAAUCGGUGCAGCUACAGCUGGACAGACCUACUUUCGUGCCUCCAUGGACAACACCGUCGCCUACAUGGUGACCAACCGGAUCCCCUCUUUGGUGCAGAACAGAAUCCGCACCUGGUACACCUACACCUGGGAGGCUCAGGGCAUGCUGGAUGAGUCGGAGCUGCUGGAUAAGAUGCCUCUAGUGAUGAAAACUGCCAUCGCUGUGGACAUCAACCUCACAACCUUCCAGAAGAUUGAUCUUUUCAAGGGCUGUGACCAGCAGAUGUUAGUCGACAUGUUGCUGAGGCUCAAGUCAAUCAUCUACCUACCCGGAGACUUUGUUGUGAAAAAAGGUGACAUCGGUAAAGAGAUGUACAUCAUUAAAAGUGGAGCGGUGCAGGUGGUGGGAGGACCUGACAACAGUAUAGUGUUUGUCACACUAAAGGCUGGAUGUGUGUUUGGAGAAAUCAGUCUCUUGCAGUCUUCCAAAGACGGAGGCAACAGGCGGACAGCUAAUGUCAAAGCGUACGGCUUCGCUAACCUCUUUGUCCUGGAGAAGAAAGACCUUUUUGACAUUCUGGUCCAUUAUCCAGAGUCCCAGAAAGUUCUGGCCAGGAAGGGCAGAAAACUAAUGAAGGCCAAGGGCCCAGCAGCAGCUAAAGCUGAAGAGGAGAAGAAGAACGGCCUGGCGCUGUUUGGACCCAAACCGCCGACACUCAAACUGCUGCGAGCCAGCGGAGGAAGCAUCAACAAAAACCUCAUUGACAAAAUGAAGAGUUCUGGUGGUCAGUGAGGACUAUAAUGAGCCUGCUUUGAUUUUUCUUUAUAACUCCUUUUUGGGAAUAAAUGUACAGUUUUAUUUUCAGCCUCUUGCUGCUCUUUUGUACAGAGUUUGUUUUCUGUAAUGUUAAGAUUUUCUCUGAGAUGGCCUCAUUCAAACAUUUACUAGAAGCCCGACAGCAGCACGGUUCACUUAAAGCAAGACUGCGAGCUUUAAGAACAUUAAUUGUAAUCACAAGGAAAUGUACUAAAUGUCAAACAACACUGGCUGCAACAAACAUUGAGAAAUGCAAUUAGUACAAUAUUAGGAUCCAGAGACUGUCUACUGCCCCAAGUGGAUACUGCAGGUUAUA